AUGGGAGGCAGAGGAGAGGCGUGGGAGGAGGAGGAGGAGGAGGAGGUGUACAGUGGUGAAGAAACUCUAGGACAGGUGUACAGUAGUGAACAAACUCUAGGACAGGUGUACAGUGGUGAAGAAACUCUAGGACAGGUGUACAGCAGUGAGCAAACUCUAGGACAGGUGUACAGUAGUGAACAAACUCUAGGACAGGUGUACAGCAGUGAGCAAACUCUAGGACAGGUGUACAGGAGUGAACAAACUCUAGGACAGGUGUACAGUAGUGAACAAACUCUAGGACAGGUGUACAGUGGUGAACAAACUCUAGGACAGGUGUACAGCAGUGAGCAAACUCUAGGACAGGUGUACAGCAGUGAGCAAACUCUAGGACAGGUGUACAGUGGUGAACAAACUCUAGGACAGGUGUACAGUGGUGAACAAACUCUAGGACAGGUGUACAGCAGUGAGCAAACUCCAAGACAGGUGUACAGGAGUGAACAAACUCUAGGACAGGUGUACAGUAGUGAACAAACUCUAGAACAGGUGUACAAUAAUGAACAAACUCUAGAACAGGUGUACAAUAAUGAACAAACUCUAGAACAGGUGUACAAUAAUGAACAAACUCUAGGACAGGUAUACAAUAAUGAACAAACUCUAGGACAGGUAUACAAUAAUGAACAAACUCUAGGACAGGUGUACAAUAAUGAACAAACUCUAGGACAGGUAUACAAUAAUGAACAAACUCUAGGACAGGUGUACAGCAGUGAGCAAACUCCAAGACAGGUGUACAGGAGUGAACAAACUCUAGGACAGGUGUACAGGAGUGAACAAACUCUAGGACAGGUGUACAGUAGUGAACAAACUCUAGAACAGGUGUACAAUAAUGAACAAACUCUAGAACAGGUGUACAAUAAUGAACAAACUCUAGGACAGGUGUACAAUAAUGAACAAACUCUAGGACAGGUGUACAAUAAUGAACAAACUCUAGGACAGGUGUACAAUAAUGAACAAACUCUAGGACAGGUGUACAAUAAUGAACAAACUCUAGGACAGGUGUACAAUAAUGAACAAACUCUAGGACAGGUGUACAAUAAUGAACAAACUCUAGGACAGGUGUACAAUAAUGAACAAACUCUAGGACAGGUGUACAAUAAUGAACAAACUCUAGGACAGGUGUACAAUAAUGAACAAACUCUAGGACAGGUGUACAAUAAUGAACAAACUCUAGGACAGGUGUACAAUAAUGAACAAACUCUAGGACAGGUGUACAGGAGUGAACAAACUCUAGGACAGGUGUAG